AUGAAACGGUUUUUGAACCUCGAAUCACGUCUGAUUAAGGAACCCGAGUUGUAUACCACAUAUAGAAAGUUUAUGUCCGAUUAUCAAGCCCUUGGACACAUGCGCGUCGCUCCGGAACUAGAUAAAUAUAUUAUUCCGCACCAUGCGGUAUUAAAAUCCGACGAUGAUGUAUCCAAACUCCGUGUAGUUUUCGACGCUUCCGCGGCAACAUCAUCCGGUAAAUCAUUAAACGACGUGUUGUGCACAGGUCCGAAAUUACAGGCGGAUCUCCGUGACAUUUUGCUUCGAUGCCGCAUGCACAAAUACAUCUUCACUGCGGACAUAGUUAAAAUGUAUCGACAAAUUCUUAUUCGUUCGGAAGACCGUCUGUACCAGCAUAUAUUUUGGCGUGACUCUCCAGACGAUGAAAUUCAAGAAUUUCAGUUAUGUACUGAUACGGUAUGUGUGGCUGCUGAAACGGCUGUAGCCAAACACUCGGUACGUGAUACAGGUCCCAUAUUGAAAGGAAAACGUGUGUGGAUGUACGAAUAA